AUGAGCGUGCCUUUCUCAAAACCCACAUUCCAGUCCCUGCCGCUUCGUUCAGAUGGCCCACGAGGCAAUGCAUGGGGGCUAUUUGGCAACCAGGACCAACUGGGAAUGCUGAAUUUGCUCACACCCGAAAAUACUGUGGCAGCCGCCAAGGAGAUUGUGGAAGGAGUGCGUGUGUCGACCGAUUGGGCCCUCAAUAGUAUGACGAUGCCAUGCUUUGGUCGAUCUGCUUUCGAACAUACAGUGAAGAACAAGGCGCCUCGGCCAGUGAACGACGAUGUCUUGUCCUUUAACACCCAGAGUAGCUCUCAAUGGGAUGGGUUCCGGCACUAUGGCUUCAAAGAAGGAAGCUAUUUUAAUGGCUGUUCCCUUCAGGAAAUUCAGGAUUCCACUCGAAACGGGAUUCACAGUAGGUCUAUAACCCCUAAACUACUUGGUGUGAAACUUGCUGAUUCACUCAACCUCGUAGCCUGGGUCGAAAAGGGCGGGAUUGUCGGGCGUGGGGUCCUCCUCGACUAUGCGGCAUGGGCGGAGGCCAACGGUGUCGCUGUAAAUUGCUUUCGAAGUCAAUCUAUCCCUUUAUCAGAGCUGCAACAGGUUGCUGCAAGCCAACAGACCACUUUCAAACAGGGUGACAUUUUGUUUAUUCGGACGGGAUGGACGGAAGCCUACGAAAAAUUGGCUACAGCAGAUCGUCAACAGCUGGCGGCUUAUACAGCACCACCGGUGAUUGGAGUGAAGUCGUCCGAAGAAAUGCUGCGAUGGAUCUGGGAGAAUGAUUUUGCAGCUGUCGCAGGCGAUAUGCCGAGUUUCGAGACAUAUCCUUGUCAAAACUCGGAGUUCUUCUUGCACGAAUGGCUUUUGGCAGGUUGGGGUGUCCCCAUCGGUGAGCUAUUCGACCUCCAGCGACUUGGCCAGGAAUGCCGCAAAAGAGGACGGUAUAGUUUUUUCUUCAGCAGCGUGCCAUUAAAUGUCCCUGGGGGCGUCGCCAGCCCUCCCAAUGGGGUGGCUAUCUUCUGA